AUGUUAACGCGCAAAGAUUUUCCAUUCGUGUUCGGUCCAGACCAGAUAGCAGCCCAAGACGACCUCCGGUCGGCACUGCUCGAAUCGCCAGCCCUCCGGCCGAUCGACUAUGGGUCGGCAGCCAACGUCAUCCUCGCCGUCGAUACCUCACAAAUCGCGGUCGGCUUCCACCUCUGUCAAUGCGCACUCGACAGUCCGCGGGUUCGGUACUAUGCUCGAUUCGGCUCCAUCACCCUUAACGACCGCGAAUCGCGAUUCUCCCAGCCGAAGCUCGAGCUCUACGGUCUCUUUCGCGCCCUCCGAUCGCUCAAAAUGUAUCUCAUCGGCGUUCGGAAUCUGAUAGUCGAAGUAGACGCACGCUACAUCAAGGGCAUGCUCACUAACCCGGAUCUCGAACCCAGCGCCAGCAUCAAUCGGUGGAUCGUCUCCAUCCUCACCUUCCAUUUCACACUUGUCCACGUCCCCGGCACCUCUCACGGCCCCGAUGGACUCUCCCGACGACCACCGCAACCCGCCGAUCGACCCGAACCCGAAGACAACUUUGACGACUGGAUCGACAAUCUCUACGGCUUCCUCCAUCAGAUCAACAACACGUUCCCCACCUCCAUCUCAACUUCGACCACCGCCAUCUUCACCUCCUCACUCAUAGGCGACCCCCCGACCGAUACCGACUCCGACGACAAAGGCCCGACUAUCGACUAUUCGGAUAUCCCAAGAUCGCAAAAAGCGUUGGAAGCCGAAGAACGCCUAUGGUUGGUCCGCGACUGGCACCGAACAUUGGUUCGGCCCCCCUCUCUCUCCGACUCCGAAUAUGCUACCUUCCUACGAUAUUGCACUGAGUUCUUUAUCGCAGCCGACAAGCUAUGGAGAAAAGACUCGCACGGUCGACACAAGAUUGUUGCAGCCCCUUCUAGUCGGAUCACAAUUCUCACCGCCGCCCACGACGACGUUGCUCACAAGGGAUUCUACGCCACGACCGCCUUGAUCGCCGAACGCUUCUGGUGGCCGCACAUGAGGCAAGAUAUUUCGUGGUUUGUUCGGACAUGUCACCUUUGCCAGAUUUGCCAGACUCGCAACGUCCUCAUUCCCCCGACCGUCGCCACGCCUGCACCACUCUUCGCGAAGAUGUAUAUGGAUACCAUGCACAUGCCGACCGCCGGCGGUUUCAAGUAUCUCGUUCAAGGCCGCUGUUCGGUAUCACACUACCCCGAAUUCCGAAUGCUGCGACGCGAGACAAGCUCAGCCCUCGCCGACUGGAUCUUCGAGGAUAUCCUGUGCCGAUGGGGAACAUUGGUAGAGAUCGUCUCCGACAACGGACCAGCGUUCGUCAAGGCGCUCGACCAGUUAGCGAAAAAGUACCACGUUCGGCACAUUCGUAUUUCGGGCUACAAUUCCCGCGCCAACGGCAUCGCCGAACGACCUCACUUCGAUGUUCGGCAGGCUCUGUUCAAAGCCGUUGAUGGAGAUCAGGCCAAGUGGAAUCGUGCAGCUCAU